AUGUUUGCACUUCACAUAUAUCCGGCGUAUGAAGAAGAUGAAACAGUUGAACUUACAAUCCCUGAAUGCGAGUCUAAGAGCAAACCCUUUGUGGGGCAGAUUUUUCCAAAUUUGGAUGUAGGAUGUGAGUUUUACGACGAUUAUGCAGAGUUAUGCGGUUUUACAUCCAGAAAAAGCACAAGCACAAAGGAUGAUGAUGAUUUUGGUAUGUAUAAGGUGCGCACGUUCAUUGAGGGUCAUAAUCACGCCAUGGUUCCUACUGUAUCUAGACACCUUAUGCCCGUGAACAGGAACGUUACCCCCGUCCAUGAGAUGUGGAUUACGUCCGCGAUUAAAGCAAACAUUGGGCCUAUUAGAUCUUUCCGUAUGUACAGAGAGAUUAUGGGCGAAUGUGAGGAUAUUGGUUGCGUCAGUAAUGAUUUCAAGAAUUUUGUACGUGAUCUUAACGUUUACGCACUUGAUUCAGAUGCUCACAUGAUUUUGCAAACAUUCAUGAAUAAAAAAGAGUUAGGCAAUGGCUUCCAAUAUUUCUAUGAUGUAGACGAUGAGAACAGGCUGCGUCGGUUGAUUUGGACCGACGAAGUCUCUGUUAAGAACUACAAAUAUUUGGUGAAGCUGUGUCCUUCGACGCAACAUACAAUACCAACAGUAAUUGGUAACUGUUCAAAUAGGUAUAAAAUGAUCUUCACACCGUUCACGGGUAGGGAUAACCAUGGCAAGUGUUUGUCUUUUGGUGCAGCCAUCAUAUCUCGAGAAGAUGUUGAUUCGUAUUCUUGGGUUUUGGAAAAGUUUGUUGAAUGCGUGGGAAAUGCCCCACCGCUAUUAAUAACUGAUCAAGAUCCAGGGUUGAAAAAGGCUGUUGCGGCAGUUUGGCCUCAAACACGUCACAGAUACUGCACGUGGCAUAUUACAAUGAAGGUUGCUGAGAAGAUGCCGCAAAGAUUGAGGGAUAGCACUGAGUUCAAAACCAACUUUGGGAAUUUUGUUUGGUCUGAAUUUGAUGAGCCUGCUGUUUUUGAAGAGAAUUGGAAAAAUCUUAUGGAUGAGUACGACUUAUCAGAUAAUAGAUGGUUUUCUGAUAUGUUCGAUGAUCGUUCACACUGGAUCCCUGCAUACUUUAGAGAUGUCAGUAUGAGUGGAUUAUUCAGAACUACAUCGUUGUCAGAGAGCGAGAAUAGCUACUUCAAACGUGCAUUGGAGGCUCAACGACAUAAUUAUCAUAAGACUACCUUUGCUGACGAGACCAGAGUUCUACCCAUGAAGACGAGACUUAAAAUAGAGAAGCAUGCUGCAACCAUAUACACCAACAACAUAUUCAAGGAGGUUAAAUCAUGGAAGAAAAUGGAGAAGUUUAAGCCAAAGCUUACCUCCUUUGAAGUCGGCAGCAGUAAAUGA